CCCCGCCUGGCGGGCUGGCGGUGGAGUCAGCUGACGCCGGCGCUCCGGCCUCGCCUCCCCGCGCUGCGCUCCCUGCGCUCCCCCAAAGUGGCUGUAAACCGGCCGCCCACUUUCGGGGUUUGGGGGACAGGGAAAGUGAUGUGCGCCUUCUAGAGUCUCGCCAAGCCGCCGCCGAAGCAGCUUCUCCGUUCCAACUUUCUACCCCCGGCACCCCCACCCUCUACUCCUUGUCCCGACCCUGCCCUCAAACCUCUCCAGAGCCACUUAGGGUGCGUGCGCUUGGGUAAGGGGGGUCAUUGGCUGUCUGGGAUGGCUUCCAAUUUUAAUGACAUAGUGAAGCAAGGGUACGUGAGGAUCCGGAGCAGACGACUAGGGAUUUAUCAGCGAUGUUGGUUAGUAUUCAAGAAAGCUUCAAGCAAAGGCCCAAAAAGAUUGGAGAAAUUUUCUGAUGAACGUGCUGCAUAUUUUAGGUGCUAUCAUAAGGUUACAGAACUCAACAAUGUGAAGAACGUAGCUCGAUUGCCAAAGAGCACCAAGAAACACGCCAUAGGGAUUUACUUCAAUGAUGAUACCUCCAAGACCUUUGCUUGUGAAUCAGAUCUUGAGGCCGAUGAGUGGUGCAAAGUGCUCCAGAUGGAGUGUGUAGGGACACGGAUCAAUGACAUUAGCCUUGGAGAGCCUGACUUAUUGGCUACUGGGGUUGAGAGAGAACAGAGCGAGAGAUUCAAUGUGUAUUUGAUGCCAUCUCCUAACUUAGAUGUACAUGGCGAAUGUGCCUUGCAGAUUACAUAUGAGUAUAUCUGUCUUUGGGACGUCCAGAAUCCCAGAGUCAAACUCAUCUCUUGGCCACUAAGCGCCCUGCGGCGGUAUGGACGUGAUACCACGUGGUUCACUUUUGAGGCAGGGAGGAUGUGUGAGACUGGUGAAGGGCUGUUUAUCUUUCAGACACGAGAUGGAGAGGCCAUCUAUCAGAAAGUCCACUCUGCUGCCUUGGCCAUAGCAGAGCAGCAUGAGCGCUUGCUACAGAGCGUGAAAAAUUCAAUGCUCCAGAUGAAGAUGAGUGAGCGGGCCGCCUCUCUGAGCACCAUGGUGCCCCUGCCCCGCAGUGCCUACUGGCAACACAUCACACGGCAGCACAGCACGGGACAGCUCUACCGCCUGCAAGAUGUCACCAGUCCGCUGAAGCUUCAUCGAACAGAGACUUUUCCAGCCUACCGAUCUGAGCACUGACAGGAACUGCCAAGAAUUGUUAACACACGUGUGAUGUGUCAGCCACAAAUCCACCCAAGAGGUCACAGAAUGACAGCAGAGAAGCAACAACUAGGAAAAGAAGCUUAAAGUCCUGGCUGAUUGUGUGGUCAUUGAAAAACUCUGCAAUACAAUCCUUUCCUUUCUUUUCUUUUCUUUUCUUUUUCUUUUUUUUUCAUUCUCAGUGUAAUUACGACAUGCUCUAUAGAUAUUGACAUUUUGUUCCCUCUUUUACAGCUGGACAGAAAGGAGUCAAUGCCACAAAAUGAUUUUCUAUUGUAGAUACUGUGUCCCUUGCACUUCUCUGAAUCUGUCCUUUUGUGAAUUCUUGUGAUUUUCCUUCUGAGUGUUUCAAUUGUAUGACAGUCAGUACUGACAAUAAAAAUGGCUCUUAAUUAUUUGUUACUUGUUUACAACCUAUUCCUCGUUUAUUAAUACUGUGGUUCUGCUUAACUCCUGGAAAUCAUAUUUGAUUAUUUUACCAAUUAGUGAAAUCAGUGCUUUGACUCACUCUUACUGUUCUGUUCAGAGCUGUUCUUUUAAAGGACCCUCUAGUAAGUGUUGUUUACAGAGUUACAGUUUUUCUCUUUUAUGCCCUCCUUGCCCCCACCCUCUUUUUUAAGCCUUUAUUUUUGUUUGGAGUACCUUCAUAAAACAUUUAAAAAAUAAAAGAUCAUUCUUCAUUCA